GUGAAGCUUUCCUUCUUCAUCUUCAAACAUCUUCAUUCACAUCUUCCAGCUUAGCAGCUUCCAUUCUCUGAUAUAUCACAUCCAAACAAGAAGCUUCACAGCCAACAACCUCACACACCCUCCACCUCCAACAAGCAAACACACAACCACACAAACAAACAGCCACAAGAACCACGACAAGAAAACACUCCCUCAAAAUGGAUCAACACAAUAAUUAUACGGACAUGGAUAAAGCCACGAUCCAGAACUCCAAGGAUCAGUCUUUAUGGAGUAGAGACAAAGCAGAUCAGAAAAAGGAUCUAUUUAAUGCCGCGUUACAGGCUGUGCACCGUUAUGUAGGAGAGGGUUACAGUCGAGAGGAAGCUGAAAGAUUGUGUUGCUUGAAGGAAAUCGAGUGCCAAUACAAUGCGUCCAAGCGAUGGAUUAAUCACGUAGUGCUGGUCCAUACACUACCCAUAGCGCCAGAACAUGAUCCGGAAGCUUGGAUGAGGAAAACAAGAUUCGAAGCAGAUAUACCUACGAUAUACGACUUUUGCGACAUUGUUGCAGAAGUCCUCAUUGGAGACAGGAAGGCCAGCGAGUUUGAUGCUUGCAUGAUCUCAAAUAAGCGUAUAGAAGCUAUCAAGGAGUACCUGAUCAACGGAACUCCUAUAUUUGUUGAGGAUGGGAGUCUCUCUCGGAAAAAGGCGUCGUCGAAACAGGCCAGCCUCAAGCACGACACGCCUGGACUUUGGGACUAUACGCCACUGUCUCAAGAUCCUACGGCUGUUCAAUUCAGCAAAACAAGCAAUGACAUGGUACAACAGCACGGUUAUCUGUACCGUAAGGUUAAAGAAGGAAGUAGAGAUUGGAAUGCAAUGGCCAAUCUAUAUUCUGACAGGCCUGGGUUGAAGCUCCAGGCUCCCAUAACGCCCAUAGAAAUGAUCCGGCCUCUAUGGAUUGAGGCGCAUAUUGAAGAAGUUACGGACAGUAAAGGGAAUAGACAGAGUGUCCACCUUGGGAGAGAUGCAACAUACAGGAGACUACAACAAGGCCUAUCGUCCGAAAUUACGAAAGAAGUCAUAGCACUUAUCGCUGAUCGCUGUCCUGUCUGCAUCCCAAAGAGAAUAAAGGCAAAGGAAGCAGCGAUGGCAGGAGAGCCACUGAAAAAGGAGAAAAGAGACCUGAAGAGAGGGUCCCCUAGGCAGGAGGAGGAAGGAUCUGUCAAUCGACAUCGUGCUAAGCGACGCAAGGAAAAUGCCACAAAGGUCCUGGAAUCCGGGGAACAAGCUAAACAGCAGCCAGGUUCGCAUUCUAUAGCAACAUUCAAUGUCCAAAAUCAGGUUGGACAAUCCAACCAAGACCCUCUGGCCAACAACUACUAUCAGAUACAGAACGGUCAAGAUUUAACCGACUGGCUAGCACAAGAUCUUCCUCAGUUCGUCGACGAAGCCGAAAAUCUGGAUCCGGAUUUGCAGCAUUUCGGCGCUGGUUACUUUGGGAUUGAAGGAUUUGCAGCAUCAUAUGUCCCUCAGUUCGAUCAGGACAUGGAUAAUACAAGUGAGGAGGAGCAUCUCAGAAACAGUCUCUCUGAUUUCUUGGCGGACACGAACGUGGAAGCAAUGCCGGAAAGACGUGUCGUUCAGCCCGUUGAGAACAAUGGAAAUGUGGAGCAGGCUUUCAAUCACCACAUCAGCGAGUUCAACGGCACAUCGACCCCAGUCAGCAACGAAGAUACUGCCGAGCAAUUUGAUGCUGUUUGGGAACCCCCUAGUGAAAGAGAUCAGGAGGCUGGAUUGAGAGGCCUAGGCUUGUUGCAAUAGGAAAAAACGGUCGUACUCAUCAGCGAAGGAAAGGGGCAAGGAACGGAGACAGAAGUUGUGCUGACAAAACAACUGCCGCCGCGAGAAAAACAUUCUUGAACCAGUCACUCUUACAACUUUGGCAACGAUAACGACAAGGACAACGACAGGACAACGACAAGGACAACGACAAGGACAACAACACCGAGCUUCGACAACGGGAAGGAAAAGAGCGGAGCAGUUUGAGAGGAGGCGGGCGUUGUGUUUUUUUGCUUUCUUUUUUUUUUCUUUUCUUCCCUCCUUUCUUGUUUAUGUAUUUGCCUUUGAAAAAUUACCUGUAAAUUGCAUUUGACCGGGCGUUGGAUGUACGGUUCUGGCUCGGAUUUGAAGCCGCGCUUUCAGUGUGGAGGAGAGUUUUCGACCAGGCGUUGGGUAUGUGGAUUGCGGCUUUUAUGAAACUUCAGGUCUGAAGGAGGAAUGUUCGACCGGGCGUUUUCUGUGGAUGUACGGUUCUAUGUCAGCUUGUGUUUGAAUACGCUUUCAACCUGGAGGAUUGUUCGACUAGGGCGGGUGUACGGAUGUCCGGGUUUCAUGACACUUCAAGUCUGGGGGAGCAUUACUCGACUGGGCGUUGGAUAUACGGUUCUGGCUUGAGGUUGACGAUGCUUCAAUCUGGAAAAUUGUUUGACUGGAGCAUUGGGUGUGCGGAAUCUGGGUUUGAUAACACUUCUGGUGUGGAGGAUCAUUUUGGAUCACAGAUUGUUGAAUAAGACGUCUUCUGCUCUCUUCGCAUUGAUGACCAUAACUUUAGGUGACCUGAGUAACAUGCUGCUCUCAUUCUCCAGAUGACCUGCUGUAGAUACAGGGGAAUGUGUCGUGGUCGGACUGGGCUAUGUGGGUCAGUUCGUUCGCCACAUUCUGACUCAAUACUUUUCCUCUUAUCAAUGAUAUUCCUAGGCUACCAUCGAUGAAAGCCUUGAAUAUCUCGCAGUAUAGCGUUUAGGAAUUCGGCUCGCUCGACG